AUGGCGGCCGCCACUGUCCUGGCCGCCAUACUGGCGAUGUCCUGCUGCUGCUGUGCCGCGUACGCCACCACCACGACGGUGACGCCAGCGGCGGAGUCGGACCACAUCGACAGACUGCCGGGCCAGCCGCCGGUCAACUUCUCCAUGUACUCCGGCUACGUCACGGUCGAUGCCGCCGUGGGGCGCGCGCUCUUCUACUGGCUGAUGGAAACCUCCGGCAUGCCAGCAGACUCUGCGCCGCUCGUGCUCUGGCUCAAUGGCGGGCCCGGGUGCUCCACUGUCGGCUACGGCGCUAUGGAGGAGCUCGGCGCCUUCCGAGGCAGCACUGUGGUACGAGCAGGUGCUUCUCCUAUGGCGCACCCGCGUGAACCAGACAGACGACGUGCCGCGCAGUAUGUGCCGGCCCCGCUGCAAUUAAAACAAGUCACGUCGUUCGUGGAUGCGGCACACCGUGCAAGCGCAGCAGCAGCAGCCUGCAUCACUGAUGCUGUGUGGCCACUGGCACUGUACAAUGUCCAGGAUUUUCUGUGA